UUGGUCCCUCAGGAAUGCUUCGGUCACCCUGGCGAAAAAGUGACGAUUGUCUGACAUUUAGAAGGACGGUGAAGCACCAAAUGUUUACUCUCUUCGACAAAAAAAAUCUAAAACAUUUUCGCAUAAAUAUAAGUCUAUGAACAUGGCUUCCGACCAAGAACCAAUUGAUUGGACUCAACUUCAUUUAAGUGAAGAUCUUCAGCUCCUCGACUUUGAUCCAUGGAUCGUCAUUACCCGCCAAACUCUGGAUUUUGACACAAAGGGGAACAAGCCAUUCAUAUCCAUGAUGAUGUUUCUCGAUACCAAAUCCAGGGUAUUCAUCUUGAGUGUCGUUUAUCGAACCUACAAGGAAGGUCCUAUCCAGAACUUGGAGCAAGUGAAUCAACUAAUUCACGAGUUUUUCGAAGAUCGACACCCAUGUUGGGGAUAUGGAUCAGAUGAGGAUUUGCCAAGACCCUAUUCUCACCAAUAUGCGACCAAAUGUACGGUUUUAGUGGCCAAACAAGGCGAUCAGUGUGGUUGGUGCUAUGAAAAAUAUCUGUCGAUUGAAUCUAAUGACGAUUCCGGGACCAAUAUGGAUUCAAUACUAGAAGACUUGGUGGAAAAUGCCAUGGAUUCAAAACCACUAUUUGAAGUGAGAGAUCGAGGUUCAGAUCAAGGGAAUUGCGGUAAAGAAAUCUCUAUGGAAGAACCCUUGGGCGGUAGUGAGUAUUGUCCAAUAGUCGAUGAUAUGGAGAACACCAUUGACAAUACUGACAAGCUCGAUGCAUUGGAGAACAAACCAGAUCAAGAGGAUCAAGCGGCGCACAACUACAAUCGAACUUUGAUUCCUUGCCCUUUAUGCGAGAAGUCGUUCAAAAGCUCAUAUAGUCUUAGGGCUCAUCAUCGCCGAUCUCAUCAAUGUGAGAAUUCCAAUCCGGUAAGUCGUGGCAAACUUCUAGAAUAUCAACGUAACGUCCAAUGUUCGAUUUGUGAUGCCCAAUUUCGCCUCGGCAAACAACUAUUUCCUCACCUAAAAACUAUUCACCAAUUGUCAGAUGAGGAGAUCAUGAAAUCGUUCCAUGUUCCCAAGUGCUGGAUUUGUCACCGAGCUUUUGCCACACUUUCCAUUCAAACAAUGCAUAAGAAAAGAGAUCACCUCUUGGGAAAGUGGCAAUGUUCCGUUUGUCUUGAAGUCCUGAGACAUGGCCAAGAGCUUCAUGAUCACUACGAGACCCAGCACAAACCAGAAGAAUUUAAAGUCAAGUGUUCCAUGUGCCAGAAAGAACUGUGCUUCACGAACGGAUUUCAUACGGUUUUGGAUCAUUGGGCCAGCUGUUUGAAAUUAAAGAACAUCGAAUCCCGAUCAAAGACAAGCAGCCGUUCCGAGAGUAAAAGAUUCGUCUGUGAUGAAUGUGGUAGAUUUUUUCAGUUCAAAAGCGCCUUAUCUGAUCACCAAGAUGAGCAUCAAGGCAUCUUGAAGCACGAGUGCUCCAAAUGUGACUACAAAACUGGAACAGCAUCGAAACUAACGGCACACCGAAAAUAUUGGCAUUCAGCCCGGGCUCGAAAGUUUCAAAAGAAGACUUUGGUGUCGUGUGAAAUCUGUGGAACGCAAGUGGAACAGUCGUAUUUGUCCCGACACAUUGCCAAUAACCAUGAAACUCCAGCUUGGCCUUGUAAUGAGUGUGAGAAACGGUUUGGAACCGAGAUCACGCUAAAAAGACAUAAAAGCACCGUUCAUUCCAAGACCAUGGUAGAUUGCCAGGUGUGCGGCGUGCAGGUCAAGUGUGCGGAGAAACUGAAGGUCCAUAUGGCCAUUCAUUUACCACCAAAAUAUUUCUGUCGCUUUUGUGGCAAAGGUCUCAAGUCCACGGUGAGCUUAGGCAACCACGAGAGGAAGGUCCACACAGGUGAAAAUCCAUAUCGAGAGUUCGUGUUCUUGUUCCAGAUGCGAGACUUGUCCGUUUGCCUGUGCCUCCAGUGGAGAGUUAUUGUUGCACAAAAAGCGACAACACAAUGUUCCGAAAGUGCAUUUUUAUAAGUAUAUGAAGAAUGCAUCCUCGAAAUAAAGCAAGACCACUGAUGA